CCCGAGACUUAACAGUCGUUACUAGGCAAUAUACAAACUAGGAAGAUGGCCAAUAUGGAGGGUAGCAGCAAUCAGUGUGAAGCCGCAACCAUACAGCCAGAGAAUGUAAUACUGGAUAUUGGAGAGACAAGUGGCUCAUCUCCUAAUGUAGAGGGUGUACUUUCACGUGAUGAUAAUACAGCUGAAAUCCUGGCUAGAAGCGGACAACUGAGUCAAGAAGAUGAUCGGAGAUUAUCUAAACAUCCUUUAAGAUUCUAUUUAUGUGAAGAAGCUAAACAAGAAGCUCGGAGAAGAGAGAAGCUGGAUAGAGGAGUUCAACUGUAUCAAGCUACUUUGAAAGGAGAUUGGAACGCAGCUAAAACUAGAAUCGAUGAACAAGAAGAUAUUGUCCGCCAAGAAAUUAACAGUAAUUCGGAGAUUGCUCUACACAUCGCUGUUGCAGCAAAGCACGAGGAGUUUGUGAGAAAUCUUAUUGAAAAAAUGCACCCUGAUGACUUGCGCAUGGAAAACAAGGACAACAACACACCCUUACAUUUUGCUGCCGCAUCGGGAGUAGUUAAGAUUGCUGAAAUGUUGAUAGAAAAGGAUGAUAAUCUUCCAAAUUUGCGUGGCCCCAGAGAAAUAACUCCAAUCCAUGCCGCGGCUUUGUUCGGUCGUGGAGAAAUGGUCAUGUACCUUUACGAGAGAACAAGAAUCGAAGAUUUAAGUGAUACCAAUUUGAUAGAUCUUUUUAUUGCCAUCAUAUCAGCUGAUAUCUACGAUGUAGCUCUGAAGAUGUUGCAGGAUAUGGCUCACAAAGAUUUAGCCAUUUCUCGAAAUAGAGAUAGAGAGACAGCCUUGCACUUGAUGGCUCGAAAGCCAACAUCAAUUUCUUAUAGAAGCCAGCUUAACUGGUUUCAGAAAUCAGCAAUUUCUAUUUUUAAGGGCUCCUUUCCUAAAGCAAAAAUGGGAACCUUAGCUCAUCAGCUGGUAGACGAAUUAUGGAAGUCAGUUUUGCAACACCCAAUGGAAAUAGUAAUGGAUUUAUUGAGGUCACCUUCAAAGCUACUCUUUGAUGCUGCGGAACUGGGAAAUGUUGAGUUUUUAGUUAUUCUUAUUCGUUCUUACCCAGAUCUAAUAUGGAAAGUUGAUAACAAGUGUCGAAGUUUAUUUCACAUUGCUGCUUUAUAUCGCCAUGAAAGCAUAUUCAAAAUAAUCUAUGAACUCGGGGGCAUCAAGGAUCAUUUAACAUCUUAUAUAGAAGAUGAAUCCAAAAAUAACUUGCUGCAUUUUGUUGCACGUUUACCACCUCCAAAUCGGCUACAUGUUGUAUCAGGAGCAGCACUUCAGAUGCAAAGAGAGCUCCUUUGGUUCAAGGCUGUUAAAGAGAUAGUUCCUCGUUCAUACAUCAAAACAAAAAACAAAGAUGGCCAGGUAGCGCAUGAUCUAUUCACAAAAGAACACGAAAAUUUACGCAAAGAAGGAGAGAAAUGGAUGAAAGAAACUGCGACAGCAUGUAUGCUCGUAGCAGCGCUUAUAGCAACUGUGGUCUUUGCAGCAACCUUUACUCUACCGGGUGGCACUGACACUGGAUUACCGGGCUUCCCUCAAUUUAGAGGGGAGUUAUGGUUCACCAUAUUUAUCUUAUCAGAUUCGGCUGCGCUCUUCUCAUCUGUGAUAGCUAUUGUGUUAUUCUUGUCGAUCUUGACUUCUCGAUAUGCAGAAGAUGACUUCCGGACGAAGUUACCGACAAAGCUAAUGUUGGGACUUUUUGCAUUGUUUAUCUCAAUAAACACUAUGGUUCUUGCCUUCACCGCGUCAAUGAUAUUGAUCCGCAGAGUCGAUGAACCUGUGUGGAGAUUAAUCCUCAUCGUUUGCCUUUCUUCUCUCGCCGCUAUCACAUUUGCUUUGUUGCAUGUUAAGCUUUGGUUUAUAACACUUCGCUCAGCAUAUUUUUCAAAGUUUCUCUUCCGUAAAUGUAAGAGUGUUCUCUUCCUCUAAAGUUAUAGAGCCCUAAAAGCUGUGAAUUUUUCUUCAAAGCUUGUAUUUUCUUUUGUUCUCAAAUUCCAUAAAAGUUCCAUA